AAAAUAUUGUUAGAAGCAUUACAAAAAUAUGGAUCUGAAAAUAUUGAUGCUAUAUCAAAAAUGUUACCAAAUAUAUCUUUAGAAGAUAUUAAAUCGACAAUUUCUAAAUAUUCUGAAAUAGCAAAAAAUUUGUAUGAAGAUGAAUUAUUAAACAAAUGGUUGAAAUGUGGAUUGUAUCAACCUGAGGACAGUUUCAUACCAGAAGCAUUAUUAUUUAUACAAUUAUUUGAAAAUCAUCCACCUCCUUCUGAAUUAGAAGGUUAUGAUAUCAGAUCAAUAUAUAAUUUUCUUUAUCGCUCAUGUUUUGGACAAUCAUCAUAUUUUGAUUUAUCACCAAAAGAUAGAGAUUUAUUAUGUUUUUUAAUAUCAAAAAUAGAACAAAAGAUAUGGCCAAAAUGUAAGACAGAUAUUUGGGAAUAUGUUGGCAAAGUUUAUAAUAAAAGAAAUAUAAAGAAAGUAUAUCCAGGAAAAAAAAGACAUUUAUUGUAAUAUUGUAGUUAUAAUUUUUUAUACAUUUAUGUUUAAUAAUUAUUCAAUAAAUAUUAUAACAUAUUU